GGACUUGGAGCCCCCUCCUGGACCAUGGUCCACCAGCAGAGCCCAGCUCCUCCACCCACGCACAGCACAUGGAGGAUUUGAAAAGGGGGGUCUGUCUUUUCCUAGGAGAUGGGAAAUCUGGGACCUGGCUGGAGGAGGAGAUGGAAGGGAAACAGGUUUUUUUUUUCCAGGAGGAAUCUGGCAGGACAUUUUUGUCCCUGAGGAAGAGGCACAGAGGUCUGGUUUUAGACUGGUGGGUCUUUCAGUUCCUUGCUGUCCAAAUUUCUUUUCCCUGGACACCACACCUGCUGUUAAAAUCUAGUAGGGCUCUAGCAUUCCUGCUUUUCUCUCUGAUAACUCUCCUGGGGGGGGGGUCACAUCUUAUUCCUCCAUUAUAAGUGGGAAUGUGGUAUUGCCUGUAUUAGAGAAGACCCUGUCAGGGGUCAGUGUUAUCAGGAGGAGUUUGGACGGUCUGAGAGGAUGUCAAGGUGAGGGGUUUGUGGGCUGGAUUAAGCUGGGCUCAGGUGCCCCUCUGCUGGAGCUCAGUGGCUCCAACGGCUAAGCCUGCUUAUCUCUGUGCUGGUGCCCUCCUUUGCCUGCCCUUUCUCCCUCUUCCAUCUCCUACCACUCCACAUGUGACAAGAGGAAUAACCAGGCCCAUGUGUCCCUGUCUUAGGAAAGACAGCUGCUGAGCCUCCCCCGCAAAUACCUCCCACUGGCCCCCCUCUUCCUUUGGCCCUGGCUCUAGUUCCUUUGCUUUCCCCUCCGUCCCAAUCUCCCCAUAGUCUGUCCUCGGGGGCCUCCUGGCCUGACCUUGUUCUCAUGCCCCCUCCCCGUUCUUCCUUAGGCUGUCUCCUGCUCCUCCUCCCAAGGAUGGGGCUGUCUGCUAAGGAGUAUGGCCUAGAUCCCGGAAUUCUCCAGUUCAGCCAGACGAGAUGCCUCCCAAGAUUAGGAAGGAGGGUGCUGGGAUGGUUGGGAGGGCGGUGGGAGUGUGGGGGUAGGAGGGGGCUGGGAGGCUGUCAUGAUCAGAAAACCAAGACAAUAGAGGUUGUGGGUGGGGUGGAGAGCCAGAGGGUCCCCUGGGUGAUGAAAGAGACUGAGAGAGCAUGUCAGGCUGGAGACAGUGAUGGUUGGGUGGGCUUGGGCACAGGUAACAGGAGGGAGAGAAACACUGUCACCAGACAGAAAGGGGACACAGUCUGUUUCUGGCUAAGUCCCCAUCCUGGGGAACAGUGCAACAGAAAAGAUGUCAGAGAAGAGAUAGGGACAUGGGCUGGGCAGGGAGGGUGGUGUGGGUUUGAGAGGUGUUGUGGGCCCAGAGGCAGGGUAAGAUGAGUUGACAGGCCUUUCCUGCACGUUGUCAUCCUUAAAGACAAUUCUUCAUCCUUCCAGCAGGAACUAAGUCCUAGCUCAGUGGCCGGCCCAGGCCUCAGGCCCAGUCUCUGCCCCUCCCUGGCCUGGGACUCCCAUCCUGGGCCGGACACGCACCUCCUGGUCCAGCCGCCCUGUGGCCGCCGGCAGCGAAGGGGGGUGCAGACCCGCCUCUCCUCCCCUCUUCGCGCCCCCUGGUCCCUCCCCUCCCAUCCCCCUCCGCUCCCCCUCCCCCCUCCGCUCCCCCUUCCCCUACAGCCCCUCCCUCCUCCCCUGCCCGGUCCCAGCCCCUCCCUCCCCUCCCCCACUCGCGAUCCGGGCCGCUGUUGCUGGGCCGGACCCCCCGGGCUCAGCCCGGCCCCUCGCCGAGCCGCCGCCGCCGCCCCGUUUGCUGAGGAGGAGGCCCCCGGCCGGGGCGCCGGGCGCGGGGCAUAAAACGGGCCAGAGCCGGCGCCCGGGGCACUAGAGUCGCGUACGGCCCGGGUCAGCGCCCGCACGCCCGCGCUCCUCCCGGCCGCUCCUCCUGCCCCGCCCGGCCCGGCGCCGACUCCGCGGCCGCUCGACGAGCCCCUCGCCGCACUGCUCGGGCCCUGGCCCCGGCCCCCUCCCGCCGUACCGCCCCCGACCCGGCCCUCCUCCCGUCUCCCUCCUCCCUCUCCUGCCCCCUCCUCCCUCCCGCCUCCUCAGCUGUCCCGUUCGCGUCAUGCCGAGCCUCCUGGCCCCGCCGGCCCCGCUGCUGCUCCUCGGGUUGCUGCUGCUCGGCUCCCGGCUGGCCCGCGGCGCCGGCCCCGAGUCCCUUGCGCUGCCCAUCCGGCCCGAGAAGGAGCCGCUGCCUAUUCGGGGAGCAGCAGGCUGCUCCUUCGGCGGGAAGGUCUAUGCCUUGGACGAGACGUGGCACCCGGACCUGGGGGAGCCCUUCGGGGUGAUGCGCUGCGUGCUGUGCGCCUGCGAGGCGCCUCAAUGGGGUCGUCGCGCGAGGGGCGCGGCGAGAGUCAGCUGCAAGAACAUUAAACCUGAGUGCCCAACCCUGGCUUGCGGACAGCCCCGCCAGCUGCCUGGACACUGCUGUCAGACCUGCCCCCCGGAGCGCAGCGGUCUGGAAAAGCAGGCGCCGGGCCUGGCCUUCGAGUAUCCGCGGGACCCAGAGCACCGAAGCUACAGCGACCGCGGGGAGCCGGGCGCUGAGGAUCGGGCGCGUGGAGACGGCCACACGGACUUCGUGGCGCUGCUGACGGGGCCAAGUUCGCAAGCCGCGGCCCGGGCCCGAGUGUCGCUGCUGCGCUCUAAUCUGAGGUUCUCCAUCUCCUACCGGCGGCUGGACCGCCCUACCCGAAUCCGCUUCUCAGACUCCACUGGCGGCAUCCUGUUUGAACACCCUGCAUCCCCUACUCAAGAUGGCUUGGUCUGUGGGGUGUGGCGGGCAGUGCCUCGGUCAUCUCUGCGGCUCCUUAGGGCAGAACAGCUGCAUGUGGCACUCGUGACACCCACUCACCCUUCAGGGGAGGUCUGGGGGCCUCUCAUCCGGCACCGGGCCCUGGCUGCAGAGACCUUCAGCGCCAUCCUGACCCUGGAAGGCCCCCCACAGCAGGGCAUAGGGGGCAUUGCCCUACUCACUCUCAGUGACACAGAGGACUCCUUGCAUUUUUUGCUGCUCUUCCGUGGGCUGCUGGAAUCCAGAAGUGGAGGAGCAGCCCAGGUUCCCUUGCGGCUCCAGAUUCUCCACCAGGGGAAGGUAUUGAGAGAGCUCCAGGCCAACGCCUCGGCACAGGAGCUGGGCUUUGCUGAAGUGCUGCCCAACCUGACAGCCCAGGAGAUGGACUGGCUGGUGCUGGGGGAGCUGCAGAUGGCCCUGGAGAGGGCAAGUGGGCCAGGGCUGCGCAUCAGUGGACACAUUGCUGCCAGGCAGAGCUGUGAUGUCCUGCAAAGUGUCCUUUGUGGGGCCGAUGCCCUAAUCCCAGUUCAGACGGGUGCAGCCGGCUCAGCCAGCCUUACACUGCUAGGAAACGGCUCCCUUAUCUACCAAGUACAGGUAGUUGGCACGAGCAGUGAGGUGGUGGCCGUGACGCUGGAGACCAAGCCUCAGCGGAGGAACCAGCACACUGUCCUGUGCCACAUGGCUGGAUUCCAGCCGGGAGGACACACAGCUGUGGGUGUCUGCCCUGGGCUGGGUGCCCGGGGGGCUCAUAUGCUGCUGCAGAAUGAGCUGUUCCUAAACGUGGCCACCAAGGACUUCCCAGAUGGAGAGCUGCGGGGGCACGUGGCUGCCCUGCCCUACAGUGGGCACAGCGCCCGCCACGACACACUACCCGUGCCCCUGGCAGGAGCCCUGGUGUUGCCCCCGGUGCAGAGCCAGGCAGCCGGGCACGCCUGGCUCUCCCUGGAUACCCACUGUCACCUACACUACGAAGUGCUGCUGGCUGGGCUUGGUGGCUCAGAACAGGGCACCAUCACUGCCCACCUCCUCGGGCCCCCUGGGAUGCCAGGGCCCCGGCGGUUGCUGAAGGGAUUCUAUGGCCCAGAGGCCCAGGGUGUGGUGAAGGAUCUGGAGCCUGAGCUGUUGCGGCACCUGGCACAGGGCACUGCUUCCCUGCUGAUCACCACCAAGGGGAGCCCCCAAGGGGAGCUGCGAGGGCAGGUGCACAUCGCCAACCAGUGCGAGGUGGGCGGCCUGCGCUUGGCCGCAGCAGGAACUGAGGAGGUGCAAGUACCUGGGGCUCCGGAUGCCAUGGUGGCCCCUGCGGCCGUGCUGCCUGCUGUGCCAGGCCCGGAUGCCCCAGUGCCAGCCAAACCUGGUGGCCCUGGGCGGCUCCGAGACCCCAACUCCUGCUUCUUUGAGGGGCAGCAGCGCCCCCAUGGGGCUCGCUGGGCUCCUAACUAUGACCCGCUCUGCUCGCUCUGCACCUGCCAGAGACGCACAGUGAUUUGUGACCCUGUGGUAUGCCCACCACCCGGCUGCCCCAGCCCGGUGCAGGCACCGGACCAGUGCUGCCCUGUGUGCCCCGAGAAACAAGAUGUUAGAGACCUGCCGGGGAUGCCGAGGAACAGGGACCCUGGAGAGGGCUGCUAUUUUGAUGGUGAUCGGAGCUGGCGGGCAGCGGGCACCCGGUGGCACCCUGUCGUACCCCCAUUUGGCUUAAUUAAGUGUGCUGUCUGCACUUGCAAGGGGGGCACUGGAGAGGUGCACUGUGAGAAGGUGCAGUGUCCCCGGCUGGCCUGUGCCCAGCCUGUCCGUGUCAACCCCACUGACUGCUGCAAACAGUGUCCAGUAGGGUCAGGGUCCCACCCCCAACUGGGGGACCCCAUGCAGGCUGAUGGCCCCCGGGGCUGCCGUUUUGCAGGGCAGUGGUUCCCAGAGAGCCAGAGCUGGCACCCCUCGGUGCCCCCCUUUGGGGAGAUGAGCUGCAUCACCUGCAGAUGUGGGCGGCUCUGGGGACCCUCAGGAUGUGGUCUGUCCUGCACCAGGCAGGGGUGCCCCACUGCGAGCGGGAUGACUGUUCACUACCACUGUCCUGCGGCCCAGGGAAGGAAAGCCGUUGCUGCUCCCACUGCACACCCCAGCGGCCUGCAGAGACCAGGACCGUUCCAGAGCUGGAGAAAGAUGCUGAAGGCUCCUAGGGAGCCGUCGGAAGGCCACAUGACCAAGAGGACGGGGCCUGGGCCGGGGGAAGGAGUGGUGCCGAGGACCCCGCAUGCUCCUGUGGGAAACCCAGUGCCUUUGGCCCCUCUUUUCUGCCUCUUCUCCCUCCCCCACUACCUCUGGGAACCACAACUCCACAAGGGGGAGGGGUAGCCAGGGCAGACCAAGGCCAUGUCCACUCCAGCUCCUACCUUGUUGCCCUCUGGCUUCUGCCUUGGAAGCCCAACCCCUUUCCUUCUGUACAUAAUGUCACUGGCUUGUUGGGAUUUUUAAUUUAUCCUCACUCAGCACCAAGGGUCCCCCCUCCACUUCACUCCUGCUGCCCCUGAGCUGAGCAGAGUCAUUACUGGAGAUUUUUGUAUUUAUUAAAACCUUUUUUUUUCAGUC